AUAAACCGGACCCCCCAGCGAGGGUCCCUGCCUUCUCAGACGUGCGCAGGUCCACCCUCACGCUCUCUUGGUACGGCCCGACCUACGAUGGAGGCAGCGCCGUCCAGUCCUACAACCUGGAGGUCUGGGACUCUGUGGGCGGGGAGUGGAAGCACCUGGCCUCCUGCAACAGCACCUCCUACAACGUGCAGGACCUUCUUCCCGAGCGGCAGUAUAAGUUUCGUGUCCGAGCGGAGAACAUGUACGGAGUCGGAGAGCCGAGCGCCGAGUCUGCGCCCGUCACCGUGGGGCUGGUGGACAACGAUGACGAGGCCGAGGUGGAGGAGGAGGAUGAAGACUCUGAGAAAGAGCCGGAUUACAGAGACGUUUCCAUCCGGACAGACGUGAAGGUGAAGGAGCUGUACGACGUGGAGGAGAGGCUGGGAACGGGGAAGUUUGGUCAGGUCUUCAAACUGGUUGAGAAGGCAACGAAAAAGGUCUGGGCGGGGAAGUUCAUCAAGGCGUAUUCGGCGAAGGAGAAAGAUAACGUUCGGCACGAGAUCAGCAUCAUGAAUAGCCUCCAUCACCCCAAACUGGUUCAGUGCAUCGAUGCCUUCGAGGGGAAGUCUGACAUCGUCAUGGUGCUCGAGAUGAUCUCUGGCGGCGAGCUGUUUGAGCGGAUCAUCGAUGAAGACUUUGAGCUGACGGAGAGAGAGGUGAUUAAAUACAUGCUGCAGAUCAUCGACGGGGUGAACUUCAUCCACAAGCAGGGCAUCGUGCACCUGGACCUGAAGCCAGAGAACAUCAUGUGUGUGGGGAAGACCGGGAGCAAAAUCAAGCUCAUCGACUUCGGCCUCGCCAGGCGACUAGAAAACGCCGGGACUCUGAAGGUUCUGUUCGGGACUCCAGAGUUCGUGGCUCCUGAAGUGAUCAACUAUGAAGCCAUCAGUUAUCCCACCGACAUGUGGAGUAUAGGAGUCAUCUGUUAUAUACUGCUGAGCGGUCUGUCUCCCUUUAUGGGCGACAAUGACAACGAGACUCUGUCCAACGUGACCUCGGCCUCCUGGGACUUUGAGGACGAUGCCUUCGACGAAAUCUCAGAAGACGCCAAAGACUUUAUCACCAACCUGCUGAAGAAAGACAUGAAGAAGCGCCUCACCUGUACUCAUUGCUACGAUCACAAAUGGCUGAAACAGGACACCAACACUAUGACGGCCAAGAAACUCUCCAAAGAGAGGAUGAAGAAGUACAUCCUGAGGAGGAAAUGGCAGAAAACGGGCCACGCCGUCCGGGCCAUCGGGCGCCUCUCCUCCAUGGCCAUGAUGGCCGGAGUCAGCGCCAAGAAGGGGUCGCUGACCGAAGAGGAUAACCAGUUCCUGGAGUGUUUGGAGAACGAGCAGAAGACGGAGUGUAAGCCGACCUUCAGCUCCGUCAUUAAAGACGUUGAGGUGGUCGAAGGUAGCGCCGCUCGCUUCGACUGCAAGAUCGAAGGUUACCCCGACCCAGAGGUGGUGUGGUACAAAGACGAGAAGCCCAUCAAAGAGACCCGGCACUUCCAGAUCGACUACGAUGAAGAAGGAAACUGCAGCCUGGUCAUUUCAGAGGUUUCGGGAGACGACGACGCUAAAUACACGGUGAAGGCAGUGAACAGUCUGGGGGAGGCGACAUGUACCGCUGAGCUGCUGGUGGAGGUGAUGGCUGGAGAGGAAGAAGAGGAGGAAGAGGAGGAAGAGGAAUAGACUCCAACAGGAAGAGGUGCUGCUCCUCUUCAGCCUGUCAGACCUGAGCAGGAGAAACAAACCCACAAAUAACAGAUUGUGAUUGGAGGAGCAGAAGUAUCAACGCCGCACAAUAUGCAAAAUCAAAUUCCCCCCUGCCAACAACAACAAAGAUUUUCUUUAUCAAACACAAAAACAUUUAACGUAAUGUAAUCUUCUAAGCCCCGCCCACCUGACACCUGGAGAAAAGAAGCCCCGCCCCUCUCAGGUUAGCCUCUGCUCAUUGGUGGGUUUCCCCUCAUAGUUCAUUUCAUUGCUCUUUCUUAAAUACUGUGUGUAUAAUGGAAACAGGAUACUUGAGUUUUCUAACCAUUUUUAGAUAUGUUUUUAUCUAGAAAAAGGCCAAAUCUCACAAUCUUAAUGAAAAGUAAAUUAUGUUUCCGCCUGAUGAUUCGAACGGCGCCAAAAAGAUAUGGUUUGUUCAUCCGCCCGAUGCUACACCCAGACCGAUCAAAGGUACAUUUCUCCCAAUUUAAAAUAAGCACUUAUAUCAGUAAAAAGCUGUUAAUAUAACGUCUUAAAGGGCAGAAGCACUUAGCAACAGCUGGAGAUGAACGACGAAGAAGAAAUAUUCCAAAUAUGAAGAGAAACAUGUUCGUUAGGAAGCGUAAACAUAUUUAAGACCUUGUUUUAAAUGGGGCUUUGUGGGGUUCAAAGAGGAUCAGGGCCACAUGUGACUUUAUUUUAUUACAGAAUUUUAAAACAAUUUUCAUGAUUUCUAUUUGAUUUCUUUUUAAUAACACAUUUUUAUUUUCAAAUGUCUUUCUCCAGAAUUCUGAAUUUUUUCUCCGAACUUAAAACAUUAUUUUCAACUUGUGUUCAGAUCUUAAGAAAAUCCCAUGUGGCUCUAAUCCUCUUCCGUACAAAUAGAAAAUCAGCAAAAACUAUAUUUUAUUGCCAUUCGACAACCCCUAAGAUCCUGAGACGUAUUAAAAGUAAAAAUGAAUUAUUCUUAAAUUCGAUGAUUUGAUUAUAGCAGAAUCUGAAUCUGUGCUUGGUUACACAAAUGUGCAAAUGAACCGCGUCGUCGAGCCUUUAUAGAAAAUACGGCUAGCAUAACCUUAUUUAUUAUUUCAGAUAAAAUAAUGAUCUAGUAAAAAUGUAUCAGAGAAUACAGAUGAAGAAAGCCCAGUAUCGUGUUUCAGCUCAAACCUUCUGAGGGAACAGUUUGAAGAGUUGUUGAUCCUGAAGUAAUGCUAAAGAAAUGUGAACAUUUAAUAAGCAACUCAGUUUUCCCUCCCAGCGCUCCUUCCUCAAAGACUCACAGAAUAACGUACUGUAUGAGAAGCAGGUUUUACUCCAGGGAGUCCAGGUGAGGAAGAAGAUGGUACGAUGGAAACCUGAUGAAGGCCAGAGUCAGGUCACUAAACAUCAACGUGGCUCACUGUGAAGCUCCAAUGACACCAAACAACACGGCAGGAGACAUCGAAAAAUAGGUUAGCACGUUAGCACUGCAGCUAACGGUGAGGUGAGGUGAAGAUCAUAUUUACAUUUAUCACCAGAGAGUGAGCAGAGUGAGCUGUGAAGGUCAAAUUGAAACAGUAUCAGCCAUCAGAAGGUUUCGCAAAGUAAAUAAAUAAAUCACUCAUCAAAAUAAUCAUUGCCUACGAUAGGAAGCUAAUUCUCGCUUAUUAGAUCUCUUCCGCUCAUUAGUAACCAACUCAAUAUUUUUUGUAGUGAGUGAAAUAAUCCCAGCAAGUGGACCAGAACUAAUAAAUAUAUUAAUAUGAAUGUUAAUGAGAAUAUAAAGCAGCCUGAAGCUAAGUUUGGAUGAAGUGCUAACUAACAUUUGAUGGCUAAUUUCAGCUUGACUCCUGUUAGCUCUCUGGCUAAUACAAAUUAGCCUACUUUAGCAGAUGCAGUUCGUAAAAGAAAACUAAUAUAUGGGGUAAUAAGAACUAGAUUGGAUGCAGCCGGAAAGCUAACAUCAGAACAAUUACAACUUUAAUGUUGAGAAAGUCAUAUUUCUAGCUAACGUCAUCUAUACUAAUGUUAGCCCUCAAGCUAAUAAACCUUUGUUUUGAGUGACAAUAGCUCACAAACAUUAGUUAAUGUGAAGAGAGUACAGUUCAGAAAGAAAAUAGCACAGCUGCCGGCUCGUUUUCAGUUUUCAGUCUUUUAUUUGUUGACAGUAUAUUCAUUGUUAGCGUUCUUGAUGAUAGCCUUGGAUAGAAGGUUUAUUGUUUUUACAAACCUGAAGCAGUCUAAGUAAUAGUCUGGUAACAUGUAGAGGUUAAGCUAACUUAACCACAUAGGGUUUCUGGGUAAUGAAGUCCUCCAAAUUAAAACAGUGUUGUGUCAUUUCCACUUUGAGCUGUUUAACAUCCAAGUGCCUUAAUUACAAAGCGACCCGACUCUGUGAAUAAUAUGUGCCUCAGGAUGAGAACCAGCAUGUGAUGAAAAGUUAUCCCCCUUAGCAUCUGACGCAUGUGAGAAGAGUCGUGUGUGUCUUCUCUUCUGUGUGAGCACUUUUCUUAUCUUGUUUGUAUUUUUGACUUCGACAGCAGCGAACAUCACCUCUGCCUUAAACCUAGUUCGCCUUAAAGCAACUCCGGGACACUUUGAAUCAGCGUCCGGGUGAUUUUAACAGUUUCUACCACACAUUUGUGACAUCGAGGGACUAAAUUACUAUUGUUUUCUUUUGGCUGCCUGAAAAACACAUUGGUUAAACAUGAUGUCCUUAACUCCAAACAUGCUCUAUUCUGAACUUCACAAAGUCCACCAUUAGGUUUAGAAGCAGCAAUAAAAACGCCUGGAGGAACAUUUUUAAGAAGUGACCAAAAUCAAGUGUGCGGAAGAACAACAUGUAUUUCUAAGGAGCUCUGUGGCAUUCUCCAGAGAGAAACAUAUCUUCUUACAUUUUAAGUAUGUAUUUUAUGUCCCUUGUUCAGGGUCUAUGCAGGAAUCCUGAAGUCACAUGUAAAACCUUUUAAGACCCUUUCCAUACAUUUUAAGACCUCAUCUCCACUUGGAGUUUUAACCGGUUACCUUGGCGACACACUUUACCCCACAUUGACUAUAUACAGUAUUGAUUGUCCUUCCUCCUUAUCUUCCAACCAUUUGGACGCAGACUUGCAUUUCCCCAUAACCAUGUUGUUUAACAACCGGCGUAAACGGACCGUCGCGCGCUAUCAAGCAGUGAGCGAGCGAUGUCCGGUUCAGGUGAAGUCAAACCCAACGGGAUGCCAUAAAUAAACUACACAGAAUCACACUACACACCUACGCAAUGAUUACAUUCAGGCACACUGUAGAAUACAACCUCUUUGGACCAUUCAUAUACUUAUUGGAAACAAGCUACAAAAUGUAAGACCUUGGAUAAUGCCGUUUAAUACUUUUUAAUAGCCUUCAUUUUCGCUAAAUUGAUUUAUCAACUUUUAAUACUUUUUAAGACCCUGCGGACCCCCUGUUUACAAAUCCAAUAUAUUAUUAUUAUUAUUAAUUUGACUAUUGUAUCUUGCUAUCCAUUUCUUAUCUUGUAGGAAGGUGAUCCAUAUGAAAAAAAGAUCCAAAUUAAAUAAUAAUUUAUUAUUGUUUAUCUUAUUCAAAUAAGAUCGAUACAGAUCUCGUACAGAAUUUCAUGCAAAUCACAAAAGGAAUAUUAUAUUUAUUAAACGUUAAUGGAUCUCUUGAUUUACUUUCUCACCAAGAAAAUACCUUAUAUUUAUGGUAAUGUAGACUAAAUGUAUGGAUAUUCUCCUUUUACAAAUAUGACAGUUUUCUUGUUAUUACUUCUUUGCAUCUCAAAAACAUAAGAUCCAAACUCCAAGCUUAAACUCAUGUUUCUUGGACCUCAACAUUUUUUGUCCUUUUGCGAUGGGAGGCAUUUUUCUUUAGGUUUUUCUAAUUUGACUAAAUCUCCCGACUGAGUUUGAUAUCUCACCUUGGACACUUCAGUGCAAAUCAAAAAAACGUCUGCAAAUUUUACCAAUAAUUUAAAGGUUGAAAAUCUGUUUUACUGUUUGUUAAGAGUCACAAGGUACAAAUAAAUUAUAAUGUAUGAGAUUCUUCUCGAUGAUAGUUUCUGAUUCGUCUCAAAGUGACAAACAUCGCAGUUCCUUCAACGAGGGAUAAAUAUAUGAGAUUAAAAGUGGUAGAAAACGGAGGUGAUUAGAAUCUGUCUCCGGAGUUAACACUCGGUCGUGUUCCCGCUGAUGUCGAAGUCGUACCUUUGAUUAUUUUUAGUUUGCCACAUUCCAGCCGUUUGUUUGUGCUUUAAAACAUGUAUUUAAAGGUUUCAGGGCUGAUCCACCAAAGAGAAUUCACAGGUGUGUGUUUGUGUGUGAUCCAUCUAAUGUUUCAAACGUACCUGGGCCUGUUUGUGUGUUUGCUAGUUCUUUGUUUCUAAGAAUGUUUUUAUUUUUAGACCUAUUUAAUGCACAGAUUCAUAAUUCUAUUAUUAUCAUUUGAGCAUCCGUCUUCUUGGAGAUCUUCUCGCCAGCACUUCAUUUGUCACCGUUUUUACAACUAAACCAAGCAGUGGACUCACUCCUAGACUGGUUUGUUUUUGUAUUAGAUGUAUGUAGAUUAUACUUCUCUAAUUUUUAUAAAUAUAUAUCAGUUUGAUGAACUGCAGAUGACAUGUAUGAGAACACUACGACAGUAGUAACUCACAGAAAUCUAAUAAAUCUAUCACAAAACCAAA